ACAUCAAGCUGAAGCUGUCAGUCCAGCAAGCUUGGGCAACCACAAUCAGGCCGACCUAGUCUCAUCCAUAAUUUCCCACCUUGGAUUCGAACUGACAGCCGCUACACAUAUCUUGGUCUGCAUCGUCAGUCACCAUGGCUUCAAAAACCGAAAAAGACCAGGAACAAAUCGCCAUAGCCAAGGGGUUGGAAAACAUCCCCUGGUGCGAUGACUACGAAAAGAUGAUCUCUGGUGUCUUGUACGACGCUUUCGUACCAGAGCUGGUGCAGGGUCGCUUUAGGGCCCGACAAUUUAUGCACAAAUACAACCACUACUUCCCCGAAGACGCCACUCCCGAAUCGCUGCAAAAAGGCCGUGAGGAGCUUCUACGGGGCAUCAUGGGCAAGGUCGGCAAGGACGCCUUCAUCGAGCCCCCGGUCAACAUUGACUAUGGCUGCAACAUAAUCAUCGGCGACACCUUUUACUCGAACUUCAACCUCGUAAUUCUAGACUGCGGCAUCGUCAACAUUGGCAACCGAGUCAUGUUCGGACCCUUCGUCUCCAUCUUCACCGCCACCCACGAGACCGAGGUACAGUCGCGCCGGGAUGGGAUUGAGUAUGCCCUCCCUGUCACGAUUGGGGACGACUGCUGGAUCGGCGGGAACGUCACCAUCUUGCCCGGUGUGACAAUCGGCAAGGGCACCACCAUCGGCUCUGGAAGCGUCGUGACCAAGUCAAUCCCUGAGUUCUCUGUUGCCGUAGGAUCGCCUGCAAAGGUUAUCAAGAAGGUUCAGCCUGUGCCUGACCUCCCAUAGGGGCUUCUGGAGAAGCUGGAUUUAUGAGAAUAUGAUGUCAUUUACUCAACACAAGCUAAGCUUGUCUAUAGUGAUCGAAGAUUUGGACCUCUACGUGCCACAUUCCGUUUUCUUGACCAUGGCCAUACAAACUCAGACUCAAGG